AUGGAAUCCACAGGACAAACUCCCCCACAGAGGAACCUCAGUAUGUUGGUGGAAUUCAUCCUGUUUGGUUUUUCUGAUGUUCCUGACCUCCAGGGAUUUCUUUUUGGGGUGUUUUUGAUAAUGUAUGUGAUUAUUCUGAUGGGCAAUGGCCUCAUUAUCAUAAUAACCAACGUUGAUCCUUCCCUCCACACUCCCAUGUAUUUUUUCCUUAGGAAAUUUUCUUCUUUGGAAAUAUGUUAUGUGUCAGUCACUGUCCCCAGAUUAUUAAUAGAUCUUUGUAGACAAAAGAGAAAUAUUUCCUUUCUCGCCUGUGCUGUACAAAUGUAUUUCUUUCUGGUCUUGGGAGCCACUGAGUGCUUUAUUCUGACGGCAAUGGCCUAUGACAGGUAUGUUGCCAUUUGCAACCCAUUACUCUACCCUCUCAUCAUGAACAAUAGGCUGUGUAGCCAACUGGCAGCUGGCUGUUGGAUCAGUGGAAUUCCAGUCCACAUAGGAUUCACCUAUCAGCUGUUCUCUCUCCCCUUCUGUGGAUCUAACCUGUUGAAUCACUUUUUCUGUGACAUACCUCCAGUACUUGAGCUUGCCUGUGGGGACACUUUUAUGACUCAGAUAUUGAUUUACAUGGUUGCUGUUCUAGUUGUCAAUAUUCCUUUUAUGUUGAUACUUGGAUCUUACGUAAAUAUAAUCUCAACCAUCCUGAAGCUGCCAUCAGCAACUGGGAGAGCCAAGGCCUUCUCCACUUGCUCUUCUCAUCUCAUGGUUGUGGCUUUAUUCUUUGGAUCAGGCAUCAUUACCUAUAUGAGACCAAAGUCCAGCCAUUUAAAAGGAACGGAUAAAUUCCUUUCUCUUUUUUACACCAUUGUGACCCCAAUGCUAAACCCUAUAAUAUAUUGUCUGAGAAACAAAGAUGUCAUGGUGGCAUUGAGAAAAUUCUUACCAAAAUGGAUUGUGCUAUGA